GAGUUGGGAGCGUAUUUGAAACUUUUCAUAGUCUAGUUAGGAAAGUAAUACAACCCAUGGUUCGGGGGAUUUUGGUUGGAAUAAAGAUUUAAGUUGUUCUUUGAGUUGGUUUCUUCUUCGGUACUUGCUUCUUCUUCGACUAAUGAUCAGCAUUUGCACAGAGAGGGGCUUGACAACGAUCAUCGAGCCGACGACCAACCUAUUGAUUCCACCCUCCGGCGAGCAAAAAGCUAAGSAGAGGAGCUUCACUGCAGUGACCUGCGUCCGGCGACCAAAGACCAAAGAGAGGGGCUUGACAGUAGCAGGUCGGCGUCGGCGACCAAAAUCCAAAAUCAGCGGCUUUAUGGUUCGUCCCUUCCUGCGUGGGACUCCUUAUCAAGCCCUUAUCAAGCCCUUCUUUUAUGGAGUGGUUGAAGGGAUGGAAGCGUCAGUUCAAACCAUGUUAUGAGUUCCUUGAUGGUGUUAUCUACUUAUCUUUUUACUCUUGGACGCAAAAUCUAAAUUUUCUUCAAAUUCUAUUUUUUCCUGGUUGUAUAGUAAUAGAUUUCUUUGGAGUUUGGACUCUGGAGUGAUCGGACUGUAAUUGCUUUAGUGCCCAAAGCAAUAUCCAACAAAGGGCUUCGUUUGCGGCCUUUUCUCGACCCUCUCUCUCUCUCUCUCUCUCUCUCUCUCUCUCUCUCUCCGCACCCACACGCGCAUACAAGAUGGCACUUUUCAAACAACUCAAGAAACUGACUUUUUUCAGCCCCCAUCCUCCCCCAAUCUCUUAUCUUCUCUUGAUUCGUUUCUCCACUUUCUCAUCAAAUCAGCCAUCCUGGCCUUCAAAUCCCCAAACCUGCCGGAAUCUUACUCCCCAUGUUUCAUCUCUACCUAUCUCUUCUGACAACAAUUUACAGCAGAAGAUUGCACCUUCAGAGACGGGGUUGUAUGCAACCCUGUUCUGCACUAUAAUAGAAGCUUACCUGGCCUGCACUAGAUUCUCAGAGGCAAUAGAAGCUUUCUUUUCCAUGAGGAAUCACGGGCUUACUCCGAAUCUAUAUUCAUGGAAUCGGCUACUUUACAAAUUUAAUAUUUCCGGGUUAGUUCCUCAGGUAUGGACCGUUCACAGUGAGAUGCUCUCUUGUCGGAUAGUUCCGAAUGUCUGUACUUAUAAUAUUUUACUCCACUCUCUAUGCAAAGUGGGUAGGUUGAGAAUGGCUUUAAGUUUGCUUAGAACUGCCGAAUCUGACACUGUUAGUUAUAACACUAUCAUCUGGGGGUUCUGCAAAGAAGGAUUCACAGAACAAGCACUUGGGCUUUUGUCAGAAAUGAUAAAGAAGGAUGUUCUUAUUGAUUCUUUUACUUGCAAUAUUUUGGUUAAAGGGUUUUGCCAAAUUGGGUUGUUUAGAGAUGCAGAAUCACUAAUGGGUAAGUUGGUUAAUGAGGGCAUUAAUCAAGAUAUUAUAGGUUUGAACACAUUGAUUGAUGGGUAUUGUAAGGUUGGAGAUAUGAAAGCUGCUCUCAAGUUGAAGGAGAAUAUGAGGAGGGAGGGCUUCAGGCCUGACACUGUUACUUACAAUACUCUGAUUAGUGGAUUUUAUAGAAUUAGGGAAAUUGAUGAAGCUGACAAACUUUUGGAUGAGAUGACUUUGGGUCUUAAAACAAAUGCGAACAGUUUUGAAAUUCAUACAAGUCAGUGCCAAGAUGAGAAUGCAGUGGAAGAUAAUGUAACAGGAUGUUCAGAUUUGGAGCCAGACAUUAUAACACACACUAUACUUAUCAGUGGCAGUGAGUAUUACAAGCAGCAAGUGCUUGAGGAUCCACAUUCUUUGUGUGAGGAGAUGCUUAAGAGCGGUUGCUUACCUGAUGUGGUCUUUUGUAGCUCCAUUGUUAAUGGCUUGUGCAAGAGUGGGAGGCUGACUGAAGGGAGGUUAUUUCUCAGGGAGAUGGAAAGGAGGGGUGCGGCUCCUAACCAUUUCUCAUACUCCAGUCUGAUUGAUUCCUUUGCUAAAACUGGGAAUAUCAUUGAUGCCCAUAUUCUUCAGGGAGAAAUGGUGGUUCGAGGAAUUGCAUUUGAUUUGGUGGUGUACAACAACUUGAUUCAUGGACUUUUCAAAGUUGGAAAAGUUGAUGAGGCAGAGGACUUAUUCUGUGCACUGCCUAUGCUUCAAGUUGUUCCAAACUACAUUACAUAUUCCAUAUUGAUUAAUGGGCGUUCCAAGGCAGGAGAUAUGAUGGGUGCUGUAUCAGUUGUACAAGUAAUGGAAAGGAAACAUCUACGUCCAAAUGUCAUUAUUUACUCUUCUUUAAUCAAUGGGUACACCAAACAGGGGAUGCUUGAUGCGGCUGUUGAUUAUAUGCAGAGGAUGAAGGACCAAAAUGUUUCUCCAAAUGUUUUCAUUUUUGGCACAUUGAUUGAUGGCUACUUAAAGGCUGGUAAGCAAGAAGAUGCCAUUGCCCUGUAUGAUGAAAUGGGGUGGAGAGGUUUAGAGGUUAACAAAUUUAUACUUGAUGUUUUUGUAAACAACUAUAAAAGAGGUGGAAGGAUGCAAGAAGCAGAAGUGUUGUUUAAAGAAUGGACGCAAAGUGGCUUGUCACCCGACCGUAUUAAUUACACUUCCCUAAUAGAUGGCUUCUUUAAAGUGGGAAAAGAAUCUGAUGCUUUUGAAACAGCUAAAGAAAUGGCUCAGAAUAAGAUAGACUUUGAUGUUGUAGUUUACAAUGUUUUCAUUAAUGGCCUCUUAAAACUUGGAAAGUUUGAUGAAGCACAAUCUAUGUAUACUGGAAUGAGAGAGAUGGGCAUGUUUCCUGAUUGUGCUACAUACAAUAUCAUGAUCAAUGAAUACUGCAAAGAUGGGAACUUGGAGAAUGCUUUGAAACUCUGGAAUGAGAUGAGAAGUUGUGGGUUAUUCCCCAAAUCAUUAACUUGUAACACAUUAGUAGGAGAGUUCUGCAAGGCUGGUAAGAUGCAUAAAGCAAUUGAUUUGUUGAAUGAAAUGGUGGUUGCUGGGUUUCACCCAAAUUUAGUUACCCAUAAAGUAGUACUUGACGCAUGUUCCAAGAUGAAUGGAGACUCAAUUUUUGAAAUGCAUGAAAAACUCAUUGUUAUGGGGUUUAAACCUGAUCAGAUGGUUUAUAACACACUCAUUGCUAUCUUAUGCAGGCGAGGGAUGACAAGAAAGGCUAAUCAUGCACUGAAAGAUAUGAUAAGAAGAGGUAUUUCAGCAAAUACUGUUACUUAUAAUGCUCUUAUAAAUGGCUAUUGUAAAAGUAGCCAUCUGAAGAAGGCAGCUGCUUUGUAUUCCCAAAUGUUGGCCGAGGGUAUCUCUCCGAAUGUUAUCACUUACAACACACUUUUAUCGGGGUUCUCAACUGCUGGUUUGAUGCAAGAGGCUGAUAAAAUUUUUGAUGAGAUGAAAAAGAGAGGCGUGAUUCCUGAUGCUACUACUUAUGAUAUUCUGAUUACAGGAUAUGGAAAUAUGGGAAAUAAGAAGAAAAGUAUAAAGUUAUACUAUGACAUGAUAUCAGAAGGCUUCAUUCCUAGUACUGGUACUUUUAAUGCACUCAUUAGUGAUUUUGUUAAGGUGGGGAAGAUGGUACAAGUUAGAGAACUUAUAAAAGAGAUGCAGACUAAAGGAGUAUCUCCUAAUUCUUCAACUUAUGACAUUCUGAUUAGUGGAUGUUGCAAAUUGUCUCAUAAUGCUAAGAUUAAAAAGAGGCAGAGUGCAUUAUACCAAGCUGAGGCAAGAAGUCUGUUGGCAGAGAUGAUGGAAAAAGGAUUUACUCCUUGUUCAAGUACUCUUUAUUGUAUUGCCAAUGCUUUUGCGGUUCCAGGAAGAAAGGCAGACAUUCAAAUGUUAUUGGACAAACUGUAUGAGAGGAAGAAAGGAAAAACAAUAAGUACAGUUUACAAUGAAAAAAGGGAUUUCAAAUAGCUAUAAAGCAAGUCAGGGAUAAUGCAUUUCUAGGAUUAAUGAUCUCAAGCACAAAAGAAUGCUUAUGUUAUGACAUACCCAGUUAUUAAAUAAAAGCAGAAUCUGUAAUGCUUGGCCAGGUAAAUGAGUUUGUGGUUCAACACUGCCCUUUUUAGCUAUAAUGCUAAUCAUCAGGCACUUUUUUGUUGCUGGCUGAUUUUCCUAGCAGAGAAAUUUAAUUCUGUUUUACGGAGUUACCAGAAGCAAGUUUGCAUUGUAUUGGGGUGUCAGUUUAUGCAUACAUGCYUCUUGAUUAUGGUGCAACUAUGGGUUUCUUCCCUGUGGAUCAUGUCACUGUGCAGUACUUGAAACUGAGAGGCAGGUGUAAUGAUACUGUUUCUAUGAUAGAGUCCUAUCUGAGGGCUUUUAAGAUGUUUGUGGAUUAUAGCCAGCCCAAGACUGAGAGGGUUUACUCUUCUUAUCUGGAAUUGAAUCUUGAGGAUGUGGAACCCUGUGUAUCAGGACCGAAGAGCCUUUUAUUUUCUGGUGCAGCCUUUGAGCAUUUUAUUUGUAGCAGAUCUCAUUAUCAAGUUCCGUUGAAUGAAAUGAAAGUAGACUGACAUGCUUGCUUAGACAACAAUGUUUAGUUCAAGAUAACAAGAUACACACAUGGGCAUACCAUAUGUUGAGUCACUCAUACAUGGCUCUUAGUGAUCUUCCUAUCUUCCUUCAGGUUGUUGGAAAGAACUAUAUAUGUAAGGCUUUAUCCUGCUUUGAUAUCGGAGGAUCUUUAUCCUUGCAGUGAAUCUAUGCUUAGCAAUUCCGGCCAGGUACCUUAUCUUCUAAGUCUCGCUUGCUUAAAAAAACGGUUCAUUUGAGACAAGUUAAUCUGGUACUAUGGUAAAUAUGCAUAUACUUGGUUCCUUAUGACAACACCUUUGUAAACAAGUUCAGUCUUGACUAUUGUUGUACAAUCUUUAUCUUUUAUUUUUACUGAGCAUGCUCCCCUGUUUACUAGUUURAAUGCAUUUUUUUGAAGUACUUUUUAUGAUUUAUCAUUGAUAUUUGAGAAUACUUGGUGAAAGAUAUCAAUGCUAACUUUGAAAGAGAGGUGAAAAGGUUGGGACAUGAGAAAUUCAAAUUUGGAUGUAAAGGAUCAUUAUUUCUGGUGCCACUGAUUUUUAAUGCUUCACCAGUGCAUCUCCUAAUUGGUGGUUUCUGAGUUCUGUGCCAUUUCUUUCUCAUGUAGAGGAUACCAAUCUUUUCUCAGUCAUUGUAUAUGUUCCAGUUUUGGGUCCCUUGAUGGAUAUGCUAUGUGUAUGCCUGUAUGGAAUAAUUAUAUGUCUUUCUUCUUUCGGUGUCAAUGGGUACCUGAUUGCCUGGAUAUCCAACACAGGUGGCCCCAGUCAGUAGGGUCUGGGUUUGCAAACACUGGUCCUAGGUGGAUACCUGCUAACGUGUGAUAUGUGAAUCUUGAAAUUUAUAGAUUGGUAAAUCAACAUUUUCCUCUAA